UUAGCCGGCGCCUGCGCUGUGGCUGCAUGUUGGGCGGUGUGCGGGGCUGGCUGGCUGGCCUGAACGGCCGGUUCGGGAGAGGCGGGGGAAAGCAUUCGGUGCUUUGCACUGGCGCUAUGGCAAUGCUGAGGAAGGUGGCGUGAGGAGAGACGCGAGGGAGAGAAAGAGAGCGAGAGCGCAAGUGAGAAGGAAGAGGAAGGGCCGAAAAAAAAUUCCGUGCUAUCCGCUGGUUGUUGGGUGUGGAAGAGUUGCUAUUCUAUGGCCGGCAUGGAAACACCCAGUCUUCCUCGCGAUGUGAAGGUGAAAUUGGCCGAGCUUGAACUCGAGCUUUCCGAAGGUGAUAUUACUCAGAAAGGCUAUGAAAAGAAAAAGGCCAAACUGCUGGCUCCAUACAUACCACAGACUGUAGGUGUAGAUCCUUCUUUUCAAAUUGAGUCCAGGCUCCCAGGUCCUAUCCAGCCUUCACCUUUUUCCUCCUCUGUUGCUUUUGUGGCUGCAACCAGGCAGCCCAAAUCACGAGCCUCCAAUUCCAGGGAUGAACGCUAUCGAUCUGAUUUGCAUACAGAAGCAGUCCAAGCAGCUCUAGCCAAAUACAAAGAAAGAAAGAUGCCGAUGCCUUCAAAGAGACGCUCUGUGCUUGUCCAUUCAUCACUAGAUGCGUACACUCCUCCAGACACAUCUUCAGCCUCGGAAGAUGAGGGCUCACUCCGUCGCCAGGGCCGGAUCACGUCCACUCCAAACCAGGGCCAUUUGAACGUAGAGCACUGGCUUAACAAGGUUAUCCAGAGCUCCUCCACCUCAUCCUCUGCAUCGUCCACCUCAUCACAUGUAGGAGGGAAACCUACUGCUUCACUAGCUGACCUCAUGGCGCAUACCCAUUUAGAUAACCACUCAGCACCACCAGAUGUGACCACUGGCGCCUCAGAGCGUGCUCCCCACUUUGAGCGGCCACAGGUUUCUUCAGUUCGUGGAGUUCCUCGUGGUUUCAACAGCAACAAGAUGGAAACUGCUGAUGGUGUGCCUGUAAAUAGCAGAGUUUCAUCAAAAAUUCAACAACUUCUGAACACACUCAAACGACCCAAGCGACCACCACUAAAAGAAUUCUUUGUUGAUGAUUUUGAAGAACAGUUGGAAGUUCAACAAAUCGAUCCUAAUCAGCCAAAACCAGAAGGUCUUCAGACCACACCAUUACAAGGAGAUCCACUAGGUGUAGUGACGAAUUGGCCCCCAUCGCUGCUGGCAGCUGUGCAAAGAUGGGGAACAACACAACCAAAGGCGGCUUGUCUGACGUCAUUGGAUACUGCAGGAAAGCCAGUUUACACACUUACCUAUGGGAAGCUAUGGACUCGGAGCCUCAAGCUAGCUUAUACACUUCUCAAUAAACUGAGCAAUAAGAACGAUCCGCUUCUGAGACCUGGUGAUAGAGUGGCUUUGGUGUAUCCAAAUAAUGACCCUGUGGCAUUUAUUGUGGCAUUUUACGGUUGCCUUUUAGCAGAAUUAGUUCCUGUGCCCAUUGAAGUACCACUAACUCGAAAGGAUGCUGGCAGUCAACAAAUUGGCUUUCUGCUUGGCAGCUGUGGUGUGACAGUUGCACUCACCUGCGAUGCCUGUCAUAAAGGAUUACCCAAGUCUCAAACUGGGGAUGUAGUGCAAUUUAAAGGUUGGCCUCGACUGGGUUGGUUUGUAACGGAUGUUAAACACUUGUCAAAGCCUCCGAAAGAUUGGCACCCCAUGAUUAGGGAUGCCGGCAACAAUAUUGCUUACAUUGAGUACAAGACCAGUAAAGAAGGAAGUUCGAUGGGGGUAACCAUAUCUCAGACUGCCAUGUUAGCACAUUGCCAUGUCCUAAGCCAAAGCUGUGGAUACACUGAAGGGGAAACAUUAACAAAUGUUUUGGACUUUAAAAGAGAUGCUGGGCUGUGGCAUGGCAUUUUAACUAGUGUCAUGAACAGGAUGCAUGUGAUCAACAUCCCUUAUGCUCUGAUGAAGGUGAAUCCUCUUUCCUGGAUACAGAAAGUUUAUGCCUACAAAGCUCACAGUGCUUUGGUAAAAUCGCGGGAUAUGCACUGGUCUCUAUUAGCUCAACGGGAUCAGAGGGAUGUAAGCCUCAGCUCACUGCGGAUGCUGAUUGUAGCAGAUGGUGCAAAUCCAUGGUCAAUAUCAUCUUGUGAUGCAUUUGUGAACGUUUUUCAGUCACGUGGUUUACGACCUGAGGUGAUCUGUCCAUGUGCCAGCUCAUCAGAAGCUCUGACAGUGGCUAUUCGGAGACCCGGUGACUUUGGAGGACCUUUUACAGGGAAGAUGGUGCUGUCCAUGAAUGGCUUGAGCUAUGGAGUUAUACGUAUGGACACAGAAGAAAAGCUCUCUGUUCUGACAGUCCAAGAUGUUGGCGCUGUCAUGCCUGGAGCGUUGGUGUGUAUUGUAAAGUUUGAAGGUACCCCAUAUCUCUGCAAAACUGAUGAGAUUGGAGAGAUCUGUGUGAGCUCACGUGCCUCUGGGACAUCAUAUUAUGGACUGCCGGGAAUGACGAAGACAGUAUUUGAGGCAAUGCCAGUGAAUGCAGCAGGAGUACCCAUCAGUGAGCAUGUCUUCACCAGGACUAAUUUACUGGGCUUUCUAGGAUCUGGAAACCAAGUGUUUGUGGUAGGCAAGAUGGAUGGUCUGAUGGUGGUGAGUGGGCGAAGGCACAAUGCAGAUGAUGUUGUGGCAACAGCAUUAGCAGUGGAACCCAUGAAGUUUGUGUAUAGGGGAAGGAUAGCAGUAUUUUCAGUGAAUGUACUCCAUGACGAACGUAUUGUAUUGGUAGCAGAACAGCGACCAGAUGCAUCUGAGGAAGACAGUUUCCAAUGGAUGAGUAGAGUCUUGCAGGCUAUUGAUAGUAUUCAUCAGGUGGGAGUCUACUGCCUGGCCCUGGUACCAGCUAACACCCUUCCCAAGACUCCUUUAGGAGGCAUCCACUUGUCUGAGACCAAACAGCGCUUUCUGGAGGGCAUGCUGCACCCAUGUAAUGUCUUAAUGUGCCCCCAUACGUGUGUUACGAAUCUCCCCAAACCAAGACAGAAACAGCCAGAGGUGGGACCUGCUUCCAUGAUAGUUGGUAAUCUUGUGGCAGGAAAGCGAAUUGCGCAGGCCUCAGGCAGAGACAUCACCCAAUUUGAGGAUAAUGAUCAAGCCCGAAAGUUUCUGUUCUUGGCGGAUGUUCUUCACUGGCGUGCUCAGACCACACCAGAUCACCCUCUUUUCCUCCUCUUAAAUGCCAAGGGCACAGUUGUGAAUACAGCAACAUGUAUACAAUUGCACAAGAAAGCAGAGAGAGUGGCUGCAGCUUUGUUAGAAAAAGGACGCCUCAACACUGGGGACCACGUGGCCUUGGUUUACCCACCAGGUAUCGACCUCAUAAUGACUUUCUAUGGGUGCCUUUAUGCAGGAUGUGUCCCUGUCACCGUGCGACCUCCACACCCCCAGAAUCUUGCUACCACUUUACCCACUGUCAAAAUGAUUGUAGAGGUAAGCAAAUCUGUCUGCAUUCUCACAACACAAGCUAUAUUAAAACUGCUCCGCUCAAAGGAGGCAGCUGCAGCCGUGGACAUCAAGAGCUGGCCCACAGUUUUAGAUACCGAUGACCUACCCCGAAAGAAGCCCCCCCAAAUAUACAAAGCACCAACACCUGAAAUGUUGGCUUAUUUGGACUUUAGUGUAUCCACCACUGGAAUUCUUGCAGGAGUGAAGAUGUCGCAUGAGGCAACAAGUGCCAUGUGUCGUUCUAUUAAGUUGCAGUGUGAGCUAUACCCUUCCCGACAGAUUGCGGUUUGCCUUGACCCCUACUGUGGUCUUGGUUUUGCACUGUGGUGUCUUUGCAGUGUUUAUUCAGGUCAUCAGUCUAUCCUGGUUCCUCCACUUGAAUUAGAGACUAAUGUCUCCCUCUGGCUGUCUGCUGUUAGUCAGUACAAAGUGCGUGUAACCUUUUGUUCCUACUCUGUAAUGGAGAUAUGUACCAAAGGACUGGGUGCACAAACUGAUACACUGAAGGUGAAAGGUGUGAACUUGUCCUGUGUUCGGACAUGCAUGGUGGUCGCAGAGGAGCGACCACGAAUAGCGUUAACACAAUCCUUCUCCAAGUUAUUUAAGGAUCUUGGACUAUCUCCGAGGGCAGUCAGUACAACUUUUGGAUGCAGGGUCAAUGUGGCCAUCUGCUUACAGCCACACAGGCUGGGCAAGCUGGCUGAGCAGGGAACGUCUGGACCAGACCCAACCACUGUCUUUGUGGAUAUGAGAGCCCUCCGUCAUGACAGGGUGCGUUUGGUGGAGAGAGGCUCCCCACAUAGCCUUCCAUUAAUGGAGUCAGGAAAGAUUCUCCCUGGAGUUAAGGUUAUCAUAACUAAUCCAGAGACAAAAGGACCUCUGGGAGAUUCCCAUUUGGGAGAGAUCUGGGUAAGCAGCCCUCACAAUGCUACUGGGUACUACACUGUUUAUGGUGAAGAGUCCUUACAUGCUGACCAUUUUAAUGCCAAACUCAGUUUUGGGGACACUCAAACUUUGUGGGCACGGACAGGAUAUCUGGGAUUUCUUCGAAGAACGGAGUUAACUGAUGCAACUGGAGAGCGUCAUGAUGCCCUUUAUGUGGUUGGAUCCUUGGAUGAGACCCUUGAGUUGAGAGGAAUGCGUUAUCACCCAACUGAUAUUGAGACCUCAGUGCUUAGAUCACACAAGAGUAUUGCUGAAUGCGCUGUCUUUACGUGGACCAACCUGCUUGUUGUAGUGGUGGAAUUAGAUGGGUCUGAACAGGAAGCACUGGACUUGGUUGCCUUGGUUACUAAUGUUGUUUUAGAAGAACAUUAUCUGAUUGUAGGAGUGGUAGUUGUGGUGGACCCUGGGGUGAUUCCCAUCAACUCGCGUGGUGAAAAGCAGCGAAUGCAUCUUCGGGAUGGUUUCCUAGCUGAUCAGCUUGAUCCCAUUUAUGUGGCCUAUAAUAUGUGACUUUAGUGCUCUGAGACUACUUACUGCUACUGCUGCCUCAGUGACAGUGUUUGUCUGUGCCCUGAAUGUCCACAUUGAUCUUAUAUGCUGCACUAAAAAUGAGAACCAAGAAAGCCAGACCUUGCUGGGAGGUGGUGCUGUGUCUGUUCAGACCAUACAUCUAGUAUGACCUGUUGUCAACUACUUCUCAUGGUGAUGUGUUCUGCAUAGCUCCAAUGCCUGUCAUAUUGAAAGACGAUGGACAUGCCUGCCACACCACUUCUGGUGCCAUAUUAAAUGUGAAGUAGUAUUCGAGAAAUAUCACUGUAUCGCAGCCCAUCGAAGAGACUGCACAGCAGCAGCAGGAUCAUAUCUCCAUCAUAUUUCAUCAGACUUCCUACAAGACUGGAAGAUGUAUCAGUUAUUAUUUUUAUUAAAUCCCUGCUUGUCUUCACUGUUCAUGUUGCCACACUUUCUUGAUGUGGCUUUAGAUUUGAAAAUCUUUUUAAAACCUAUUUAUUCUGUUAAUCAGUGAAUAUUAUUGAAUGAAUGGGGACAUUUGGAUAUUCUGGAGCCAGUUUGAGGGGGCCAUUGUCUUUAAAGUUGUGCGGAUCUUCAUGCUAAUCCACUGUUUACAUCACUAAGAAGCAAUGGAAAAUAGUCAUGGACAAAGAUUAGUCAAGUGCUUGGUUGUCUUGUGACUGUUGCAUUAUUGACUUGAGUGGAACUUCUGGGAGUUUCCAUCCUGUUAUUGCAUUGUGACCUGCAAAAGCUGGUGAGAACAAUGCCAGCUUGUCACUAUUGUGAUCGCUGCUAACCAUGAUAAUCAGGCCUCAGCAACAGAAGUCAAAAUCAGAUCAUCUUACGUGCACAAAGAUCAUCAUUAUAUCUCUAGAAAAAGUAAAUAAAACUGGUAUCCUGUCAUUUUAAUGAUUUAGAAUAUUGUGAUACUUUUUAUAAAGUAUUGUCAUUGCACCAGUGGAGUCCUGUGGCAGCAUUUCCUUCAUUAACAUGUUUCCUUCCAUUUCAUGUCAUAUUGCCAGGCCUGGAAAUGCCACAGGAUUUAAUCAUUGCUCUUAUAACAAAAGAUUUUCAGAGAGUUCUCUAGAGUGGCUUUAAUUAUAAAGUUGCACAGAGAUUGAAUUGAUGUGAUAUGAAGACCUUUCUGUUUGAUUAUUAAGCUCCAGUUUUUGCCAGUUGCUACAAUUUGCACCAUGUUACUGACAUGCACUUGCAUAUCUGGCUGGCUUUAUUUGCAUUCUGGGCCUUGAGACAACUCAGUGAUUACACAAAUAAAUAAAGUUAUUGAAGAUGUU